AUGUAUGGAAUAAUAUCCACACUUGGCAGUAUCGGUACCUUCUUGUCUGUUGUGCUCAGCGUAUCUAUACCUUACGAGGUACUACCACCAGAACUCCAGGCUAAUUAUUCGCCUGUUCUAACGCCCGGCCAUGAGUCGCCCGUCCUCGAGGGUAUUAUAGACCCAGAGGCAGAUAAAAAUACUCCGCCAUCUUUAUCCAACUGGGAUGACAAUCGUCGGAAACCAGUUAAGACUGGUCCUCUGAAAAUGCCAACAGCAACCAGAGCAGGCGUGUACAGUGGGGGAGAAGGGAGUGAAGGCGCGAAUGACGUGGGAGUCAGCCCAAUGGGUGGGCCAAGCCCAGGCAAUAGUUCGGGCCAACCUACACCAGCGGGGGUACCCAUUGCAGCGUCAGCAAUGCGUCUAGAAAUAGACAAGAAUAUCUGUCAAGGCAAUCAUGUUCCGGUGAGUCGGUUUGUGUUCAAGUUGGAGCAAACAGCACCGGUACCCAAACCAACUCUACACAAGACGAGGGUAGGUAUCCACGAUCAACAGCCAGAGCGCCGCAUACCACUAGUGGAUGCGGAGCUCAGACGAUGA